CGCAACGCUCAUCCUUAUGCUCUCUUUCUGUCUCUCUCUCACUUUCUGUCCUCUUUGAAUUCCUCUCUUUCUCUCUCUCUCUCUCUCUCUCUCUUUCUCUCUCUUUCCUUCUCUCCCUCUCUGUAGCAGUGAUGGGGAAGACCACCAUGUAGAAACAGAGAGGCAGCGGAGGCAACAGCAGAAUAGCAGCAAUGGGAAGCCACACAUGGAGAGGGUCUGGACUGCAGCCGUGGUGAGCCUGAGACCUACAGGACUUGCAACCAUCUUUGCCCUUCUAAGGACCUGACCACUGGGGCUGUCCAGCGCUCACCUGGAUGCUCCCCACUUGUGUUUCUACAUCCCCUCCUCUCCUUGUUCUCUGCUGCUCUUUCUUCUCUUCUUCUGUUUCUUCACUUUAAUGGUUUUUGGUCUGCUGACAUCUGACAGUGUCUCUUGAAACAGAAGCUGUUCAUCGAUUGAACCCCCUCGGAUUUUUCCACCCUUUUUAAUCUCUCUAUCUGCCUACUUUAUCUAGUGGCAUUCUUUUUCUUUUUUCCUGCUUGAUACCCAUUUGGAUUUUUUUGGAUGAGACUGACCCCGUCAGUCGCUUGGGUGUGCAAGCUUUUGAUUGAUCUAUAAGCAAUAACAAACACUAAUCUAACUGACUUGACUAACCAACAUCAUGGGGGACAUGUCGAACAGCGAUUUUUAUGCCAAGAACCAAAGAAACGAGGACAACCAUGCGGCAGGCUUCGGCUGCUCCGUCAUGGAGCUGCGCUCCUUGAUGGAGCUGCGUGGCACAGAGGCAGUGGUCAAGCUCCAGGAGGACUACACAGGCGUAGAGGGACUGUGCAAACGACUGAAAACCUCACCCACAGAAGGUCUUGCAGGUGCCCAAACUGACCUGGACAAGAGAAGAGAAAUAUAUGGUAAAAACCUGAUACCUCCAAAGAAGCCAAAAACCUUCCUGCAGCUGGUAUGGGAGGCCCUGCAGGACGUCACCCUCAUCAUCCUGGAGAUAGCUGCCCUGAUCUCCCUGGGACUCUCCUUCUACCACCCUCCCGGAGAGAGCGGCGGAGAGUCCUGUGCCACGGGGAAAGGUGGGGUGGAGGACGAGGGCGAGGCGGAUGCCGGCUGGAUCGAGGGCGCAGCUAUCCUGUUGUCUGUGGUGUGUGUGGUGCUGGUGACGGCCUUUAACGACUGGUCGAAGGAGAAGCAGUUCCGUGGGCUGCAGAGCCGCAUCGAGCAGGAGCAGAAAUUCCAGGUGGUCCGCGGUAGCCAGGUCAUACAGUUGCCUGUGUCGGACAUAGUGGUGGGGGAUAUUGCACAGAUCAAAUACGGCGAUUUGCUUCCCGCUGAUGGAGUGUUGAUCCAGGGCAAUGAUCUGAAGAUUGAUGAGUCAUCACUGACUGGAGAGUCUGACCACGUCAAAAAGUGUGCAGACAUGGACCCCAUGCUGUUGUCUGGCACACAUGUGAUGGAGGGGUCAGGGCGCAUGGUGGUGACUGCUGUUGGUGUCAACUCUCAGACUGGAAUCAUCUUCACCCUGCUGGGGGCUGGCACAGAGGAAGAAGAGAAAAUAGAAAAGAAAGGAGGGGCAGUGGAAGACGGACACCAGAAUGCAGACUCCCAUCCCCCUAUCCACCCCAUCGCAACUAUAGCCACGGAUGGGGCUGCAGGCUGCAAUGCCCCUGGCAUUGCCAGCCUUAAUAAUGGUAAAAUGCAAGAUGGCAAUAUGGAGAGCAACCAGAUUAAAGUAAAGAAGCAGGAUGGAGCAGCUGCCAUGGAGAUGCAGCCUUUAAAGAGUGCUGAAGGUGGAGAGUCUGAUGAGAAAGAGAAGAAGAAAAGGGUGCACGGUUCUAAGAAAGAGAAAUCUGUGCUCCAAGGGAAGCUGACCAAGCUUGCUGUCCAGAUUGGCAAAGCAGGUUUGCUCAUGUCAGCCAUCACAGUCAUCAUCCUGGUCCUGUACUUUGCAAUUGACAACUUUGUGUUGCAAAAGCAGCCUUGGAUGCCAGAGUGCACUCCCAUCUACGUCCAGUACUUUGUCAAGUUCUUCAUCAUCGGUGUGACUGUGUUGGUGGUGGCCGUGCCGGAGGGGCUGCCGCUGGCUGUCACCAUCUCCUUGGCCUAUUCUGUUAAGAAAAUGAUGAAAGACAACAACCUGGUGCGCCACCUGGAUGCAUGUGAAACGAUGGGAAAUGCUACAGCCAUCUGCUCUGACAAGACAGGCACGCUAACCACUAACCGCAUGACGGCUGUGCAGUGUUACAUGGGAGAUGUGCACUACAGAGAAAUCCCAGAUCCUGGAGCUCUGUCACCCAAAUUACUGGACUUAUUGGUCAAUUCCAUCUCCUUAAACAGCGCGUAUACCACCAAGAUUCUGCCCCCAGAUAAGGAAGGCGGUCUGCCGAAGCAGGUGGGCAACAAGACAGAGUGCGGCCUGCUGGGAUUGGUCUUGGACCUGAAGCGGGAUUACCAGCCAAUAAGAAACCAAAUCCCAGAAGAGAAGCUUUACAAAGUCUACACUUUCAACUCUUCCAGGAAGUCCAUGAGCACUGUCAUCAAAUUGUCUGAUGGGAACUUCCGAAUGUACAGCAAGGGAGCCUCUGAGAUCGUCCUCAAAAAAUGCAACCAUAUCCUGAAUGAGGUGGGUGAGCCAAGGGUUUUCCGUCCACGGGACAAGGACGAGAUGGUGAAGAAGGUAAUCGAGCCCAUGGCGUGUGAAGGCCUGAGGACUAUCUGCGUGGCGUACCGUGACUUCUCUGGUGAUCCCGAGCCCAACUGGGACGAUGAGACCAGUAUCCUUAACAACCUCACAGCCAUCUGUGUUGUUGGGAUAGAGGAUCCUGUCAGGCCAGAGGUGCCCGAUGCUAUAUUGAAGUGCCAGCGUGCAGGCAUCACAGUGCGCAUGGUGACAGGAGACAACAUAAACACAGCCAGGGCCAUAGCCAUUAAGUGUGGUAUCAUCCACCCCGGAGAGGACUUCCUCUGCAUCGAUGGCAAAGAGUUCAACCGGAGGAUCCGCAACGAGAAAGGGGAGGUGGAGCAGGAGCGCAUGGACAAGGUUUGGCCUAAACUCCGAGUUCUGGCCAGAUCUUCCCCAACCGAUAAACACACACUCGUCAAAGGCAUCAUUGACAGUACUAUAGCAGACCAGAGGCAGGUUGUGGCUGUGACAGGCGAUGGUACCAAUGACGGACCUGCACUUAAGAAAGCUGAUGUUGGCUUUGCCAUGGGUAUUGCUGGUACAGAUGUGGCCAAGGAGGCAUCAGAUAUCAUUCUGACUGAUGACAACUUCAGCAGCAUUGUUAAAGCAGUAAUGUGGGGCCGGAACGUCUACGACAGCAUCUCCAAGUUUCUUCAGUUCCAGCUUACUGUCAAUGUUGUGGCUGUCAUAGUGGCUUUCACUGGCGCCUGCAUCACACAGGACUCUCCCCUGAAGGCCGUGCAGAUGUUGUGGGUAAACCUCAUUAUGGAUACGUUUGCAUCUCUUGCCCUGGCGACAGAGCCUCCCACAGAGUCUCUGCUAAUGAGGAAACCAUACGGUCGCAACAAGCCUCUCAUCUCCAGCACCAUGACAAAGAAUAUCCUGGGACAUGGAGUCUUUCAGCUCAUCAUCAUCUUCACACUUCUCUUUGUUGGUGAGAAGAUCUUUGACAUUGACAGCGGCCGUGAUGCUCCUCUCAAUUCUCCUCCAUCUGAGCACUACACCAUUAUCUUCAACACCUUCGUCAUGAUGCAGCUCUUCAACGAGAUAAAUGCCCGUAAAAUCCAUGGAGAGAGGAACGUUUUUGACGGAAUCUUCAGGAACCCCAUCUUCUGCAGUAUAGUUUUUGGCACCUUUGCUAUGCAGAUUGUGAUUGUGCAGUUUGGAGGGAAGCCAUUCAGCUGUCAACCUCUGAACCUGGAAAAGUGGAUGUGGUGUGUUUUUCUCGGGCUGGGAGAGCUUGUCUGGGGACAGGUGAUAGCUACCAUACCCAAUAGCAGGUUGCGUUUCCUGCGGAGGGCAGGCCAGUUAACUCGGAAAGAUGAGUUACCAGAGGAGGACGCAAAUGAAGACAAUGAGGAGAUUGACCAUGCAGAGAGGGAGCUGAGGAGAGGACAGAUCCUCUGGUUUAGAGGACUCAACCGCAUUCAGACUCAGAUUGAUGUAGUGAACACCUUCAAGAGUGGCACCUCCUUUCAGGGGGCGGGGGCUCUGAGACGCCAAUCAUCCACCACCAGCCAGACCCAGGAUAUCCGUGUUGUGAAUGCAUUCCGUAGCUCCCUCUAUGAAGGCCUGGAGAAACCGGACCCCCGAUCAUCCAUCCACAACUUCAUGACACACCCCGAGUUUAGGAUAGAAGACUCCACGCCCAACAUUCCCCUCAUUGACGACACAGACGAUGAUUCUGCUCGGAGGAGGAAGUACUCGAGCCAGCCUUCAUCCCCCAACAAGAAUAACAACGCCAUCGACAGUGGCAUCAAUCUCACCAUCGACACCAGUAGAUCAGCCGCCUCCUCCAGCCCUGCCAGCCCUCUUCACAGCUUGGAGACCAGCCUCUAACCCUGAUCCUAACCUGAGCUCUAACCUGUAUGUCGUUUUCUUGCAGUCUGGAGGGACCUUCCCUAAUUCCUCCGGACAUUUAACUGCAACCUUACACCUUGUCAAACCCCAACAUUUCAACCAGUCCAGCUGAAUCCUCAACUUCACCCCCCCCCCAACACCCCUACCUCUAACCCCACCCCCCACAAACCACAUUUACUUACCUACACAGGACACAACAUUUCCCCGCUUAACCUUGAGCUGUUUAGGCUCUACUCUCCUCUUGAAAUGGAGAAAGUCUAAAGUAAUAUGGCAAGGUGAAAAGAAAAACAAACUCAUCAUACGAUCAAAAACGCGCAAAACAAAGCCACAAAACCUACACAGCCAUCCUGCUUUUGUGGUUCUAUGUGGCAGCAGUGGUGGUGGGUUAGACUAUAUUCGUGUGAGCAUGUACUGUGUAAGAGUGCCACUGACUGCACAUAUGUACUGUCUGAACGGCGUCUUUAGUGGCACCGGGAGGAGGACGAGGAGGAGGGAGACACUGCUGAGGAGUGAAAAUCACAAAACAGGACAGACUCUAAACUCCCCCUGCACUUCCUCUCCUUAACAACAAAAUUGUCAAUACUGAUAAUAGUUUAAAUUAAAUUAUAAAAACAUUGUUAUUAUUAUGAUUCUCAUUAUUAUUAUUGUUAUUAUUAUUGUUGCUCCUGCAUGAAUGUACAUUACCCAAGUUUUAUUUAAAAGGCUUUUAAUUUUGUUUCGUUCUGAUGGGCUAGGUCUUCUGACUACUAUUUUAAAGACGGCUUCUCUGAAUUCCUGGCCUGCAAAGUUCCCUCUUCUGUGUGGCAUGAACAUGUACCCGACUGUAAAAAUUUAUUUCAUCCAUAACAGAAUUGUGUAAUGAGGUGGUAGGGCUCAACUUGCACAGUAGUUUUGCACCUGUCGGAAAAGAGGAACGCAAAAUAAUAAUGAUGAUGAUAGCAUUUAUGGGAUAUAUUCUAUAAAUAGAAAUACAUAUAAAUAUAUUUAGAGAGAGUUUAUCUUUGUUUGUUGGCAUGUUGCCUUGUUCCUGCUUCAAUGGCUCAAAAUACUUUGACUUAUUUAUGUCUUAAAGAGAAUGUAAUUUGUUUACAACCUCGUAGAGAUAAACUUCCUGGUUUCUAGAAGGAGAGAGGCUAAGUUGAAGCUCAGAAGGACAAGAGCUGGGUUGGUGAGUUAUUACUGAAAAACCAUGUGCUGGAUUUUGCCUGCUAUCUUUUCAAAUAUUGUAGAUAUUUAGAGGAUUAACCAACAAAAAGAAACCAAAAUAUAAUGGGAUAUGUAGUAAAUGUGGAAUCUUAGUAUUACUCUAUAUGAUUGUUGGGAUCAAGUAGGAGUGGCUUGACUUUUCUAAACAGAGGCCUCCUUGUUGUGACAGAGGGGGAAUAUUUAAUUUUUUUUCUUCCACUUCUCUCUUUUUUAUUGUGUUCCGUUAUGUUUUUUCUGUGCUUCAGCACUGGCCUGGGGUCAGGGCUCGAGUCAAAGGCUGAUAUCAGGACCUUUACAGUGAACUGUCUUCUAGAUCUGCUUGUUCAAAGGACUUGAUGAUUUAAAAACAUGUGUGACCAUCAAAAAAGAAUGCAUCUGAGUCAUAUUAGAAAUCUGUUAUAUUUGGCUUAUCUGUGCUGCAUGGAAAUCAGACUUUUGUUUUUGUUCAAAUGUUUCAAUAUAUUGUAUGGUUUAUUUUUUAAAUUUCAUUUCUAUUUAUUUUUGGUUUAAAGGAUUUCCGUUUCCUCUGGCAGAGUGACACACGCAGCCCCGCAAAGCUGUUGGCAUUUUUAACAUCUAAAAAAAAAAAAAAGGAAAACCGACAAAAAAAAAAGACAAAUUACAACAAACAUGGAAUGUUGCUUUGACUCUUUUUCUAUGUAUAAAAAAUAAGAUCCUUUUCUGCACUAUCUGGUUAUGAAUGAAAAUUUCUGUGGUGUAAUUCUAGAUGUGCUUUGUGUGUUUUAACCAAGCUUGUCUUCCUGCCGUCACAGAAUAUACAGUAACCUAGCAUCUCAACUGUACUCACUAGUUGUAACUUUAUUGUGCUUUGACCAAUCAGACAUUACCAGAGAAAAGUUACAGACUGCAGGCACAUUUACCCAGUCUUAUUGCACUCAGAAGGACAAGGCCACUUAACUAGCCUGUACUAUUGUUAUUUCUAUUACUAACUGAAGUCAUUGGCAAGCAUGACGUGAGGGGCUUAUUAUACAACUUUAAAAAAUUUACGAUUUUUCUACUUUACACAAUACACUCCUCCUAUACACUACUACUACGUAUAUACAAUGACUUAUCCAAGCAGCUCUUUUUUCUUUUUUCUAUCCUCCUCUGUCAUUUCCCAGUCGAUCUGUCCAUCUGGAGAGGGUGCAUAAUAUUACCAGUCAGCUCAGGCGUGUUGAAAAAGUAACAUGAAUCAUUUCAUUUGAAUAAAAUCUUAUUUAAGUUGGGAAAAUACUGUCUGGAUAAUGAUAUUCUGCUUAGAAGCUGUUGAUUUAUUUAGUUUCCUUUCAAUGUUUUAACUUGACAAUUUAUUUGUUUAUUUGUCUGUAAGAAAUUAAAAACAAUAAACAAAAAAACAGUAUUUUAAAUAAAAAAAGACUUACUGUAAGCCAACAUUUUCCAAACACUUUUACAUCCAGGAGGACAUUCAGCUUUAAGAGGAUGCAACGACAACAAGUUUGGAAAUAAUCUUUGUAAAUACAGCAAUGAGUCUCCUGAGGUCAGAAACUCCAUGCGGACUGGUGUGAAAACAGGAACUCUUCCUGACUACGUCUACCAUCAUGCACCACAACGAGUCAUACUGCAGAUACAGCUGUUUGGCUGUAUGUAAUCAAUCAAUCGCUGCUCCUGUCAGAAACACUUCAAAAUAUCAUGAUUACAUCCAAAUGACACAUGUUGUAACAACCAAUAACUAUGUUAAUGAUGAACCAACGAUAAUGAUGAUUAUGAUGAUAUCAAUGAUACUUCUUGCAAUAUACUCUCACCUGCCUCGAUGUACUGUAUUUAGCCGCAUGCAGUUUGUGGAACAAAGAAAAAGAGAAAUGCCAACAGAUAAGUUUUUGGCAUACUUAGCCAUUUAUGGGUAAGUGAUUUAAAUGUUCAUCUUGUUUUUAUGAUAUUUUUUUUUAUCUAUACAAUAAUUGUAAAUAGAGAACUUAUUGUCUUUGUUCAUUUAAUACUAUGCAAAAAGUCAUGCUUUUCUGAUUGAUACCCACCCUUAAUCCUAGAGUGUGUUGCUGGAAUGUUUGUAGUCUCAAAAGUCAGUAAAAACAAUCUGAUGUAAAUUAUUUUCUAGCUUGAGGAAAAAAGUUAAAUGAUGAUGGAAAUUAUUAUUAUUAUUAUGAUACCAUGACGAGGAUAAUAAUAAUGGUGAUGACAGUGGUGGUGGUGAUGAUGAUGAUGAUAAUAAUAAUGAUGAUGAUGAUGAUGAACUGUGACUCUUGCUGCUUGACUGUCCCAUUUACCACACUCCUGACAGGAGCGCAAGUGAAAAACAAUAAAAAAUGAAAAAU